UUAAAAAAAGAAAGAAAGCAGAGAGAUGCGCCAGGAGGGGCACAAACUAGCGGGUAUAGUCACGAUUAACGACGCAAAAUAGUUCGUCAUGACCUGAAUCACGCCGGAAUCUCUCUAGUGACGUGAAACGGAUUGUACUUACGCCAAAGACGCUUUUAUAUUAAUGAAUGCUGUACGUUUCCAUGUUGGAGAAGCAUGCGCAACGGAUUGCUUAAUGUGACUGCUUAGCGAUGUAUUACGCACGCUCAACUCGCAUGUGCGGCAGAGGUAUGUGACAGAGAACCAUUGGAUGCCCGUGUCUCCAUCAGUGCCAGUGUUUCUCCGUGAGGUCAGUGACAGACUCCGGCUGCUCCAAAUCAUUGCGCACACGGCGAACAAACUGCCUAUAGACUCUCUGUGUAUGCUGUCGUGUAUCUUUGAUGAACAUCUUAUUGAUAAAGGCAAUUGGAGAGGUGUGAUUGUAAAAAUAUCGUUUGCGCAGCUGGAUUUUCAGCGCAGGGUGCCGAAUUCAGCACCACGGCUGCGGACAGCUCCCGUUCCCCCGUGACGCGCGUCUGGAUGGCUGCUGCUCGCGUCGCUCUGUCGCUCCUCUGAUCCCCUCUCUUCGCGAUGGCAUCACAAGGGUUUUGGUUUGGUGCUGAAAAUGCGGGUGGAAGCCCCAGCCAAAGCCCCAACACCCCCAGAGCAUGGUGUCAGGCGGCGGCCUCGAAAUUCUCCGGAGGCAUCGGCUCUAAAUUAUGUGCUUUGUUAAAUGUCGGCGAGGCUGAAAAGGCAGCUCAAGCAGCAGUGAAAUCUGAAGAUGGGUCUACAGCCGAGAGCUGUGGGUGUAAUAAACCAUGUAACUGCCCAAAAGCCACAGCAUGUUUCUCUGAUCUCUAUUCAACAGAUCUUUUACCUGCAUUGGACGGAGACGCGAAGACUAUGAAUUUUCUGCAGGAGGUUGUGGAUAUUUUGCUGGCUUAUGUAGUGGAAUCUUUUGACAGGUCAACGAAAGUGAUUGAUUUUCACUAUCCAAAUGAAUUGCUUCAAAGGAAUAAUUGGGAGCUUUCGGACGAACCCGAGACUUUAGAUGAUAUUCUCAUCAGCUGUCGAGCUACAUUAAAAUACGCCAUUAAAACCGCGCACCCCAGGUAUUUCAAUCAGCUUUCCACUGGAUUAGACAUGGUUGGUCUGGCUGCAGACUGGCUAACAUCCACUGCCAACACCAAUAUGUUCACCUAUGAGGUGGCUCCAGUCUUCGUGCUGUUGGAAUAUGUUACGUUGAAGAAGAUGAGAGAGAUCAUUGGCUGGCAGGAUGGCCGUGGUGAUGGAAUAUUCUCUCCAGGUGGUGCUAUUUCCAACAUGUAUGCUAUGUUACUGGCUCGCUACAAGAUGUUUCCUGAGGUGAAGGAGAAAGGAAUGUCAUCUGUUCCCAGGCUGGUGGCCUUCACAUCUGAACAUAGUCAUUUCUCAAUCAAGAAAGGAGCAGCCGCUCUUGGAAUCGGUACAGAAAGUGUCAUCUGUAUUAAAGUUGAUGAGAGGGGUAAGAUGAUCCCGUCUGACCUUGAAAGGAGGAUAGUUGAAGCCAAGCAGAAGGGAGAUGUGCCGUUCUUUGUCAGCGCCACAGCCGGCACCACGGUUUAUGGUGCCUUUGAUCCUCUCAUCGCCAUAGCAGACAUCUGUAAGAAGUAUGAGAUCUGGAUGCAUGUGGAUGGAGCAUGGGGUGGAAGUUUGCUGAUGUCCCGUAAACACAGAUGGAAGCUCAAUGGAGUUGAGAGAGCUAACUCCAUGACCUGGAACCCUCAUAAAAUGAUGGCUGUGCCCUUGCAAUGCUCUGCUCUGCUGGUUCGAGAAGAGGGUCUGAUGCAGAGCUGUAACCAGAUGCAGGCCUGUUAUCUCUUCCAGCAGGACAAGCAUUAUGAUCUCUCCUAUGACACAGGUGACAAGGCCCUGCAGUGUGGACGCCAUGUGGACAUCUUUAAACUCUGGCUGAUGUGGAGAGCCAAGGGCACUAUUGGUUUUGAAGCUCAGAUUGAAAAAUGCCUGGAGCUGUCAGAAUAUCUCUACAACAAGAUUAAGGACAGAGAAGGAUAUCAGAUGAUCUUCGAUGGAAAGCCUCAGCAUACCAACGUGUGUUUCUGGUACCUUCCACCAGGCGUACGUUGCAUGGAGGAUAAAGUGGAGAAAAUGAAACGUCUGCACAAGGUGGCCCCUGUCAUCAAAGCCAGAAUGAUGGAGUACGGAACGACCAUGGUGAGCUAUCAGCCGCAAGGAGACAAGGUCAACUUCUUCCGCAUGGUCAUCUCCAACCCAGCUGCUACAUUUGCAGAUAUUGACUUCCUCAUCGAAGAGAUUGAGCGACUGGGCCAGGACCUUUAAAAACUCACGGAACCAAAACCCCUUAUUCUCAUGUCCCUGGAUGGAUCUUGAUUUGUUGUGAAUGUAACGGUACCUAUUUGAUUCCUCUCCUACAAAGUCACUCAAAGAUAGUAUGAUAAAAAAAAUGACACGUUGAAAAGAUUCGUAAUGUAGUGUUGUUGUGGGCUUCACGGUCCAAAGCCCUGUUUAAGUGUUAUGUCAGCUUUUACUGUAUAUUUUAGUGUCUUUGAAAUGACUUUGUUUAUAUGUGUUAAGUGAGUAUAUGAAGAGUAUUUGCUUCUAUUCAGUGCAGGUUGUAAAUUUCUAGUUAUUCAAAGUGCCAGAUAACAUUGAUAUAUAUGAUGAUAUUCACAUAGUAUUUAAGAGAAAAAAGAUCUUACCGUAAGCACUUUUACUUUUGAAGUCGCAGACAAUGCAUGAACUUUUUAUUGGCGUGGACAACAUUCAAAAUCAUGAAAAUAAGUUUCUAUCAAACUCAUAUUGUUUAAAACAAAUUAAACUAAUUCUUUAAAAAGAAUAGACACAAAAUUCAGAAACGAAGUACGGCCAACACUUUUAGAGAAGACUUAUUUUAUAUAAACAUGUUAAUGGCACAAAUCCAAUUUAAGAAUAUAUUUAACCCUAUGUGAAAAAAAGUCAAAUGAUCAAAUUUAGAGAAGAGAUUAAAGACCCUAUAGAAAAUUGGUAUUCUGUGGCUCUUACCCUGCAAUCACACGGUGUGUCUGAAGAGUUGUUCUCCGAUCUUGCAUGAACGCAAUUGGCUAGCGCCUUCACAGGGUUUUUGGCAUAAGGUGAUCUGAUUGGCUGACACCUGUGUUGGUAUUUGAAAAGUUGAGAAACUCUCAACGUCUGCCAAUAGCAAUGCCGGUGACGUAACGUCAACAGACGCCCUGUGUGGAUGUACCAUCAUAGCUUUGAGGACAACAACCGCAGGCCAUCAUAUUCCUAAAAGUUCAUACAAUUCGCUUGUACAUACACAAAAUGAUAAUUUAUCAAAAUGAAUGCUAUUUAUUUAUUGAUAACAUUGACUGAAGAAAAUAUGGAUAUGUUUAUGUGGAUUUGAGAGGUGUAUAGUAUUUUUAGUCUCUAGAAUAGGAACAACGGCUAUUGGCUUUUAGUCCAAGCCUUCGAAUAUGUACUUCCUGUUUCAACAGGAAAUAGGUCAACAUAUGCCAUUUUAUGGGGUCUUUAAUUGUCCAAAUGGUUUUUAUGUCCAUAUCGGUGCUUGCAGCUUGCUGAUAAUCACGUCAAAUGCCAAAAAUAAAUCAACUUUCAAACUUUGCCCUUAAAGCAACAGCAAAUGUACAAUAUAUAUAUAUAUAUACACCAAAAUUUCCUACAUAAAUAGUUGUGUUGACUAUAUUCAUUCAGCUAUUUAUCAAUUAAUUUAUUUAGCUUUGUUAUAAAGAUCAUAGAGUAUUCAGGGUAUUACCAGAGCUAAGAUCUGAAUAAAACGUCAAGUACAAAUUCAAAGAAGAAAUACACAUAUUUAUCAUAUUUAGGGUUCUGCCCUGUUGAUCGUGUGUAAAUAGACUUUUGAUGUUUUUGACCAAGUACAUAUCUAUGUGAAUACAUUUAUGUACUGUACAUAAGGCAGAGUCUAUUUGUGCGGUAAAUAAUAUUAUUUUCUCUAUUCAAAAAAACAAAUAUUUAAUCCUAAAAGCUAUAUACAUUUAGCUUGUGUGUGCGUGUGUGUCAGAUACAUGAUGUAAGUGUUGAAUAUGAUGAUUAUGUAACUGCAAUGAUACACGUAUGAUGGAUCUGGCUUUAAAUGCAUUUUAAUAUAGAAAUGAUUCUUAUUAUCACAGUUUCGGUGGUUACAAAGCCAUUUCUGAACCAACGCUGGUUGUAUUUGUGCCCAAGUGACGAACUUGACAUCCUGUGCCAGUUUGUAUUUUUGUGUGUUUGUAACUGUAUUGCCUUAGUAUUAAUUGCCAGUAUUGUCUAGUUCUCCGAAAGAGGAGUUUGUGCACUUUAGCUUCUAUGUAUGAUAAUCUGUCCAAUGGAUGUUCUUAGUGAGGUGUUUUAUGAGGCUGAGCGUUGUCCGAAUGUGUCCCAGCUUUGACAUCCGUUCAGGAUGAGAGUCGAAAUGUAAUUUCUUUGUAGACGUGCUGACGUUACGUUACUACCUGUAUACGUACAUAACGGAAAAGCAAUGCCGAUUUGGUCACUUUGAGAUUUAUUUCUGUCCCACUUCAGAAUCGGCAAGCUCCGUCACUAAUUGUUUGUAUUUUAAGCUGUUAUAUUCCUGCCAAAUGCAUUUGCAUCUACUUGGUAGUCUUGAAACGCCCAUCGUGUCGUCUUUUUCGCCGCUGCUAGCAAUUCGCUCUCUUUGCACGUGCAUGCACGCCUUGCCUCUCAAGCUUGUGAAAUACAAUCCCACAUAUAUUUAGGGUAACCUGAUGUUUGUCUAGUGGCUAUAUGGAUAGCUUAGCUUCAAAUAUAGUACUCUGUUGCUAGCUUGCUCUCUCUGUAUUAGCAUAACCCGACGUAUUUAUCCGCCAAGCAUGUUCUGUGUGGCUAGACGUUGUAUGCUUUCGCGACUCUAUCUCUCUAUCUAUCUUUCUCUCUGUCUUUCGCUUUCGUUGUUAUCCGCAGCUUUCUAAUAUUAGCGCGUGUAGAACUCUGGCAUGCCCGUGUAUACGCAUAUAUUUAAAGUCUUGACGUCUCUCUAUAGCGCUGUUUUCUCUCUGCGUUUCUCUGAACCUUUGGCCUGUAGCAGCUCUCAGACGUUUAAAGCCAGUGUGCUCCCGCUGUUUCACGACUACCGACCACAUCCAUCAGUCUGUCAUAUGAGCACUUCACGUGAUUUCAUGAACCCAACUUAACAGGGUAACAGCACGACUGUGUGGAAUUAUUUUGUUGUUUUUAUCGCCCGAUAACAAACGUGAUUCUCGGAGAAACUGACGUUCAGAUGAAAUAUUUAAACUAGUAUGUUAAAGUUAUACAUAUAUAUAUAGAGAGAGAGAGAGGCAAAUAACAGAACCUCUUUAAAAAUCAUGUUCUCUUGAAAUGUGUUUUACUUUCAUGGGAAAAUAACAAUAAAUGUUACUGCCAAUCA